UGGGCAUCAGUUACUCGUGGCCAGAGUAGAUGGAAAGAUCAAGUGAGAAGCCAAAGCCAAAGCCUGCUUUCAGUGGUCUGAAAACCGAGUUGAUGUUUGACAAGAAACUGUGGAAGAACAUAUGAACGUGAAGUCCGCCCCAGUUGAACAAUAAUUGUGAUAAUUACCCAUUGUGAUAAGCGAAUUAAGCAAAGUGCCAAAAAAAAAAAAAACUCUUUAGCGCCUACAAAAAAGCGUAGAACAAAAUCUAACAUAAUAUUCCAAAGUUUUCUUUUGAGAGAAAUCGAUAAAAUACAAAGCAAUCAAAAUGCCUGAGCUCAUUGAACAAAGCAAAAUUAUCUCCGGCAAUGUAUGCGGUCUGCCCCAGUUGCACAAGCGGCGCCAGGACAACUGCGGCCUGUACAGCCACAUCCGCGGCAUCCCCAUCUCGUACGGCAAUGUGGACGCGCUGACCGCCGGAGUGCGCAACUUCGUGGAGGAGGGCAUCGCCCUGUGCCAGCCCGACCAGGUGCACAUCUGCGACGGCAGCGAGCAGGAGAACAAGCUGCUGAUCAAGGUCCUGCUGGAGGCGGGCACCAUUGUGCCGCUGCCCAAGUACGACAACUGCUGGCUGGCCCGCACCAAUCCGGCGGACGUGGCCCGCGUGGAGUCGCGCACCUUCAUCUGCACGGAGCGGCGGGAGGAGACGAUCCCAACCGCCGCCGAGGGCGUCAAGGGCGCCCUGGGUAACUGGAUCUCGCCCAGCGACAUGGAGGCUGCAGUGCAGCAGCGCUUCCCCGGCUGCAUGAAGGGGCGCACCAUGUACGUGGUGCCCUUCAGCAUGGGCCCCGUCGGCUCGCCGCUCUCCAAGAUCGGCAUCGAGAUUACAGACUCCGCCUACGUGGUGGCGUCCAUGCGCAUCAUGACCCGCAUGGGAGCCGCCGUCCUGCGCCAGCUGGCCAAGAAGGAGGAGUUCGUCCGCGCCCUCCAUUCGGUGGGUGCCCCGGCCAACGGACAGGUGGAGCAGCCCUCCUGGCCGUGCGAUCCCGAACGCACCAUCAUUCUGCACAAGCCCGCCGAGAAUUUGAUUGUGUCCUAUGGUUCGGGGUAUGGUGGUAACUCCCUGCUGGGCAAGAAGUGCUUUGCCCUGAGGAUCGGCAGCACCAUUGCCAAGAGGGAGGGCUGGCUGGCCGAGCACAUGCUGAUCCUGGGCAUCACCGAUCCCAAGGGCGAGAAGAAGUACAUCACCGCCGCCUUUCCUUCGGCCUGUGGCAAGACCAAUCUGGCCAUGCUUAACCCCUCGCUGGCCAACUACAAGGUGGAGUGUGUGGGCGACGACAUCGCCUGGAUGAAGUUCGACUCGCAGGGCGUGCUGCGGGCCAUCAACCCGGAGAACGGGUUCUUUGGCGUGGCCCCGGGCACCUCGAUGGAGACCAAUCCCAUUGCCAUGAAGACCGUCUUCCAGAACACCAUCUUCACGAACGUGGCCUCCACCUCCGACGGCGGCGUCUUCUGGGAGGGCAUGGAGAGCAGUCUGGCCCCCAAUGUCCAGAUCACCGACUGGCUGGGCAAGCCCUGGACCAAGGAGUCCGGCAAGCCGGCCGCCCAUCCCAACUCCCGCUUCUGCACCCCGGCCGCCCAGUGCCCGAUCAUCGACGGCGCCUGGGAGGAUCCGGCGGGAGUGCCCAUCUCGGCCAUGCUCUUCGGAGGACGUCGUCCCGCUGGAGUGCCGCUGAUCUACGAGGCACGCGACUGGACGCACGGCGUCUUCAUUGGCGCCGCCAUGCGGAGCGAGGCUACCGCCGCCGCCGAGCAUGUGGGCAAGGUGAUCAUGCACGAUCCCUUCGCCAUGCGGCCCUUCUUCGGCUACAACUUCGGCGACUACGUGGCCCACUGGCUGAGCAUGGAGCAGCGCGGCCAGGUGCCCAAGAUCUUCCACGUCAACUGGUUCCGCAAGAGCGCCGAGGGCAAGUUCAUGUGGCCCGGAUACGGCGAGAACUCGCGCGUCCUGGACUGGAUCCUGCGCAGGAUCAAUGGCGAGGCCUGCUCCGUGGACUCGGCCAUUGGACACAUUCCCGCCGAGGGAGCCCUCAACCUGGCUGGCAUGAAGGAGCAGGUGGACGAGGCUGAGAUCUUCUCGCUGCCCAAGGAGUUCUGGUCGCAGGAGGUCAAGGACAUCCGCACCUACUUCGAGUCGCAAGUGGGCGCCGAUCUGCCAGCCAGCAUUUAUCAGCAGCUGGAUGAGCUGUCUGCCCGCGUCGCCAACCUCUAAGAAGGGUUGAUGAAGUGCAUCCUAACAUAAACAUCUUUACCCGCCCCAAAUACCUGCUCGCCAUCUGUACUAUCCCGUACCGCCCCCCCAUACUCACCCCUACUAUGUUAUCCUGUACCCCAACACCAUAUUUAGUCGUUUCCCUAGUGUUUAAGCCGAAGACUUCCAAACUAUUUAUUGCAUAAGCAGCUUUAAGUUUAGCCAGUAAGCCAACAUACAAAAAACGUGAAAAAAAUAAAACAGAUGAUUUUAUAACCUACAAA